GAGCAGGAGGCGGGGCCCAGAAGCUCUCGAGGCCACGCCUCUACAUCUCCCAUUGGAUGCUUUUGAACGCCUGAGCCCGCCCCUCGGGGUGGAGCCGCAGAGCCUUUAUAAAUAGUGGGCUGUGGGGCUUCGCUCGCGCAUUCUACAACCGACUCUACAGCGUUAAAAGCCCUUCCCGCGGGUCCUUCCCUCGCUUUCUCCGUUUCGUCUCCUCUCCUACACCAACGCCAUAAUCAUGAAGGUUGCCAGUGGCAGCGGCGCGGCAGCCGCGGGUCCCAGCUGCGCACUAAAAGCCGGCAAGACGCCCGGCGGCGCUGGCGAGGUAGUGCGCUGUCUGUCCGAGCAGAGCGUGGCCAUCUCUCGCUGCGCCGGCGGCCCCGGGGCGCGCCUGCCCGCCCUGCUCGAUGAGCAGCAGGUCAACGUGCUGCUCUACGACAUGAACGGCUGCUACUCACGCCUCAAAGAGCUGGUGCCCACCCUGCCCCAGAACCGCAAGGUGAGCAGGGUGGAGAUCCUCCAGCACGUCAUCGACUAUAUCUGGGACCUGGAGUUGGAGCUGAACUCGGAAUCUCAAGUCGGGGCCCCAGGGGGCCGGGGGCUCCCCGCCCGAGCUCCUCUCAGCACCCUCAACGGCGAGAUCAGCGCCCUGGCGGCCGAGGCGGCAUGUGUUCCAGCGGACGAUCGCAUCUUGUGUCGCUGAAGCGCGGUCCUCCGGCAUCGGCGGACCCCAGCCCUUCGGGGCGGAGGAAUUAGUGCUCUCUGGUCCUCCCAAGCGCUUCAUUGCAGCUGGGGAGAAACAA